AUGGGCAGAGGCAGCUCGGGCCUGGGUGAGCUUUCAGUGUUUCCCUGCCGGCACGGUGGCUACAGACGGGUGAUUGAAGAUCUCCACUCGGAGUUCCUGAGUCCAGAGGGGCAGCUGGUUCCCAGAACCCGGGCCCAGCUCAAGAGGAAGCUCAGGGACACAAAUCCAGCCCCUGAAGGAAAAGAAGACAAAAGACCGACAUUCCAUUCUUCCAGUCACCAAGGCAAGGAGGGCUUGGGGGAAGUCCCCAAGGCCUGGGGAGCUCCCGCCAACCUGGCCCGGAGGCGCCCGCAGCCUAGCGUGGGCCCUGGGGAGCAGACACCGGGCUCUCCCAGAGACUUACUUGCCCCAAUUUCACUCUCUCAGUUGGCCAAUUCUGGAGGCGGUAGACGUGGCUUUACCUUGGCCCAUCAGACACCUCGUGGAGCCUCUCGCUAUCCGAGUAAGGAAAACCAAGAGCCCCCAGGACCAGUCCUGCCUCCCUGCACUUGGCCUCCUCACAGGCAAGUCUGCAGCCCCGCCAUCAGCGGCGGUCGCCUGGACAAGUCUCGCCCAGAGAGCCCUCAAGGCUGGAAGGAGCUCCUUUCUGACCACAGCCUGGGGCUCCCUGAGGAAGGCGGCAGCGGCCCGAAGACACCGCGCUGUGCGCUGGCAGAAGGCACCCACGGAGGCCAGGGAGACAAGGAGCAAAGGCCGGGCCAGCCACUGCCAGCAGGAGGCCAGCCAAGACGCCCCAAGCCUCCCGCAGCUGAACUUCUGGCUUCUCUACGCCGUUAUCUGCAAGCUCGAAGGAAUGGUGGCCCGCAACAACCACCAGCCCCACGGAGAGCCGCUCGCCUUCUUCCACAGCGUGACCCAGUGGCUGAAACCGGGACGGCUGCCGGCCUCCUGACAACUGACGGGACCUCUUCUCCCCAGCAACCAAUUUGGGAAACCCAAAACACAGCCGGCCGUUGGCUAGAAAAGGAAAGUCGCACGGCGCGGCCGCCCCAGCCAGAUCUCUCCCAGGAACGCGCUGGGCUCCACAAUACAGAAAAGCACUGCUCAGCCACAGAGAUGGAACAGAGCCCAGAGGGACUCCCGGAACUCACCCAGGACAUGGAGAAGGAGAUUCGGAGCGCCCUGGGCUCGGGCCCCCAAGAGGAGAUUCUAAGCAGCACUUCCACAUUAACAGUCACUCGCGGCGAUCUACAGACCUUGAGCGACUCCCAGUGGCUCAAUGAUGAGAUCAUCAACUUUUACCUGCGCCUUCUGGUGGACAGAAGCCAAAAGCGAGGCUUGCCAAGGCUUCAUGCCUUCAGCACAUUCUUCUACCCCAAACUCACUACCGCCGGCUACCAAGGAGUCAGAAGAUGGACCAAAGGGCUGGACCUCUUCCAGCAAGACCUCAUCUUGGUGCCCAUUCACCAGAGGGCACAUUGGAGCUUGCUCUCCAUAGACCUCAGGAAGAAGACUAUCAAGCACCUGGAUUCCAUGGCAGGAAAGGACCCCCACAUCCACACCCGCAUGCUCCAGUACCUACAAGAGGAAAGCAAGAGCAAAAGAAACACGGAGCUGGAUCCCACGGAAUGGACUCUUGACACUGACCAAUCCUGGGACAUUCCUCAGCAAUCCAACACGAGUGAUUGUGGCGUGUUUCUUUGUAAAUACGCAGAUUACAUCUCCCAGGACAAGCCUUUCACCUUUACACAAAAUCACAUGCCUCACUUCCGGAAGAGGAUGGUGUGGGAAAUCCUGCAGCAGCAGGUGCUCUGAGAAAGCCCCUCUUCUUCCCUCCAGCUGUUCCGGACACACCUUGCAGGUAGAUCCAUUUACUUCUCGCCUCUUCAUGGACUUGCUUCUGCUGCCUUUCUGCUGCUUUGCAAAGUACCCAGGAUUGCCUCCAUAUCUUAGUACCUUAGAAGCCUGAGCCCCAGCCUGCCUGCCACUCUGCCCACUCCAGACCUGGGCCCCUUUGCACAAUCCUCUGCUUGCUUUCAUUUUUAUUAAUGAGGUAUCUCACUUCCUUAACACCCCUUCCUCUCCUUUCUUCCCCAACCCUUAACCCCACCCUGGCACACUAAAAAGGCAUUGUUUGCCAAAAAAAAAAAACAAGUAUAAAAACUAUCCCUUACUGGUUUCUAUUUAACCAGCUAGGUACCUCAGUGGAUUGAGAGCCAGUCCUAGAGGUGGGAGGUCCUAGACUCAAUUCUAGCCUCAGACA